AAUGGCAUGCUGAAUCAGGUAACAACACAUCCAUUAUGUGAGUUGCGAGAGGAGAGGCGGAGGAAUCACCGGGGCGGACUCGCGGAUCCUGUUCCUGUCAGAGUAUACAUACACACACACACACACACAUACACACUCUUUAGGCUCGUGUUCACGGACUCAGGAGCUCGAAGACCGGUCCAGGUUUGGGUACCGCACCGUGCGCUUCAGCGAACCCCUCCGCUGGAAUUAAGAUAAAUGGAUGAAUGAAACUGAAAGCAGGUUUCCCACAAACUUGGUCCGGAACGUGCACCCCAAACUCCUCUCCAAUGACAUCUGGGACUGGUUUUGCGCGCUCUCCUCCUUUCUCUCAGGGAUGGACCUGAUGAUGGGGUUAUGAAGGCAACUCAUGGAAGAGAUAUACACCAUGAAGAAACUGCGAACAACCAAAAAUGUUCAUUCACUUUCUUUUAAGGGAUGUGGUUUGUUUUCUCACUCUAUGCAGUUUACUCAAUCAGGUACAGGAAGACUAGUCAUGUGUCAUCACCCCUCAACAUGAGUCGAGUGGAAUAAACAACGAAUCCCAGACAGACAUUCUCUCAGUGGCCUGUAAUGCAACAGCAGCAUCAGACAGGAAGGAAAGAGCAGGGUGCACAGAGAAAGUAGUGGGACCAUAUGUGAUGUGAGUCACUGGUGAAUGGCGUCUGUUACCAAUGACCGGAUCGGAAAUAGAAAUAGCCAGGUUCUGGACCUCGUCAAACCUUACUGGGUCCCAGCCAGUGGGGAAGGAGAAGGAGACGUGACCAAUGGGCCUCACCCUUGACCGCAAACAUAAGGAUGAGGAAUCCAGACAAUGCGGGAUGCUGCGGAGGGGUCUGCUGGCCUGGGUGUCCCGUGUGGGCGUGCUAUUGGUCCUAGUGUGCUGCUCUCUGUCCCUGCUCUACGUCAUGACCUGCAGCCCCCACUCCGAGGACAACCUGGUGAGCCACGCCCUGCCACGCCCCGGGCUGGGGGUAGGGGCAGCAGGGGGCAUAGGGGCGGGUCAGAGCGGACCCCCGGGGCGGGAGGACUACCAGGCCAUGCUAGCGGAGCGUGAGGAGCAGCACAAGCUACACAUGGCGAGUCUGAAGAAGCAGAUCGCCCAGUUAAAAGAAGCACUGCAGGAGCGUAGUGAGCAGCUCAAAGGAGUUCAAGACACAAUGGAACGGGCGGCAGGGAGAGGCCAGGGCGGACAGUCCCCAGGAGGAGGUGCCCUCGGGGAGGGAGGCCAGGGGCCUGGGGCUGACAGGAGCCACACGGACCUCCAGGAGUUCCUUCGCAGUCAGCUGGGCCGGGCGGAGGUCCACCAGGGGACCAGACUACCCAAUGAGUACGCCGUGGUGCCCUUUGAGAGCUUCACCCUGCAGAGGGUGUACCAGCUGGAGAUGGGCCUGACCAGGCACCCUGAGGAGAAGCCCGUGAGGAAGGACCGGAGGGAUGAGCUGAGUGAAGCGCUGGAGACAGCCCUGCGGAGCCUCAACACACCCCGAGACGGAACAGACAAGGGCCGGACCACCAAGGUCUACUCCCCAUCAGACUUCAUAGAAGGUAUCGCUCGGACGGAGAAGGACAAAGGCACUCUGUAUGAGCUCACCUUCAAAGGGGACCAGAGCCGUGAGUUCAGGAAGCUGGUUCUGUUCCGUCCCUUUGGGCCCCUGAUGAAGGUGAAGAACGAGAGGGUGGACACGGCUAACGUCCCCAUCAACAUCAUAGUGCCCCUCUCCCAGAGGGCCGACAAGUUCAGACACUUCAUGCACAACUUCAGAGAGGUGUGUGUGCGGCAGGAUGGGCGUGUCCACCUCACAGUGGUGUAUUUUGGGAAGGACCAGAUGAAUGAAGUCCGGAGCACCCUGGAGAACACGUCUAGGGAGAUCAACUUUAAGAACUUCUCCCUGCUCCAGCUGAAUGAGGAGUUCUCCAGGGGACGUGGCCUGGAUGUGGGCGCCAGGGCAUGGAAGGGAGGAAACGUCCUCCUCUUCUUCUGUGACGUCGACAUCUACUUUACCGCCGACUUCCUGAACACCUGCCGUCUCAAUGCUCAACCUGGUAAGAAGGUCUUCUAUCCUGUUCUGUUCAGCCAGUACAACCCAACCCUGAUCUACGGUAAUCAUGACCACAUCCCGCCAGUUGAACAGCAGCUGGUGAUUAAAAAGGACACAGGAUUAUGGAGAGACUUUGGCUUCGGAAUGACGUGCCAGUACAGAUCAGAUUUCAUCAACAUAGGUGGUUUUGACGUGGACAUCAAAGGUUGGGGUGGUGAGGAUGUUCACCUUUACAGGAAGUACCUGCACAGCAACCUGCUGGUGGUCCGGUCCCCAUCGCGGGGCCUCUUCCACCUGUGGCACGAGAAGCGCUGUGCUGACGAGCUGCCCCCGGAGCAGUACAGGAUGUGCAUGCAGUCCAAGGCCAUGAACGAAGCCUCACACGGCCAGCUGGGCAUGCUCUUCUUCCGACACGAGAUCGAGGCACACUUGCGUAAGCAGAAACCCCAGCGGUCCAUUGCCAAAAAGACAUGAGGGGAAUCACACAGGAAUCUAGACUAUGGGAAGAGGGCAUGACAGUAUGACAGUCAGAGACAGUGAGGGGGGGGGACAACAACAAAACAGAGAUCUUCUGUUAUGAACAGUGAUGACAUAACAGUACUGACUCACUAUAGAGGAAAAACACUCCAAUAUAUCCUCCCUUUUGUUGUGCCAAAAAGGGCAUAACAAAAUACACCUAAGACACCUGCCAUUACUUGAAGAAGUGCAAGCACUGUGAAGACGACAGUUAAAAUGGCCAGCAGAAAUACUUGUAUUGACUGCUCCUCUGUGUUUUGGUCUAAAAUCAUGUGCCUCAUGUUGACUGACUGACAGCUGUGGCAUUGCUGGUUUCUUGAAGGAGGCUGGAGGAAGACUGGAACAAGAUUUCCCUGUGUCUUACUAGAGCCACCUUGUGGACAGGAGGAAAACAGCAUGACAGUGAAGGGAAUGUGGACACUGAAGCUUCAAGUCAUGUAACCUGGUUACAUGACAAUACACUCAGACAGAUGGUCAAUCAAUAAAUGAAAACAGGUGUUAGUGAGGCUUAUUUAGCGAGCCAAUGACAACAACAAAGGAGGGACACGGACACUGUUAGACAUUCAUUAUUUCUCAAGCUCCACAGAAUCAUUAUGGUGCUCUGCUUUUUCACGAGUUUUAUUAAUCCUGCUUGCAUGUGCUUUUAUGUGGUUUUUCAUCAUCAAGAAACAAAACAGUGCAGUUUUGUCUUGUUUGAAGGGUCAAAAUAAAUAUAGUAUAUUUUUUUACACUGGGCAGUAUUUUGGUUCGCAGUUUGAGAAUGAAGCUACAGUACAUGUAUGACGAAGAUUAUAUGGCCCUGAGAGAAAAUAUGGGUACAGUGUCCUUUGUUUUGAGUAUGGGCUAACAUUGUGCAAAUAAUAUAUUUUAGAAUAGAUGUAUUACACUUCUGUUCCAUAAUUAAGUUUUCCAGUGAUAAAAUUACAGAAUGAAUUUCACACAACUUUUGUUGGAAAAAGAAAAAGCCUUGCUCCAAAAAUGCGUAUUUAAUAUUAACAAUUGUUAGCUACAUCACUAAUUUGCCUAUUCUUUCUUAGAAGCUGAAAUGGCGGUGGCUUGACACAAGUAUACAUGAGCCAAAUUAAGUUUAGUGGUAGUAUAAUGCUUCCGUGUCUACAGAGCACUAUAAGACCAGGACAAGGAAGGGUAGGAAAAGGCCUGUAUGAAAGUUCAAAUACAAUCUGAAAUGGAAUGUUAAUAUGGAAAGAGGGUCUGAUAUUUGAACAUGGCAAAUUGUUUUGACGUUAAUCCUGAUGGAUUUCUACUGAGAGUAUUUCUUCGGAGAUGUAUAGCCUAUAGAUAAAUACAUUCUCACAGGCUUGACAUUCACAGCGAGUGACAAUGAUUUUAUGCCUUUAUUUAACGAGCUCACUUAUUCGUCUUAAAAUAAAUAUUGAGAGAUUUGAUUUAAUUCCCAGGUCUUUCGUUUUCAAGAAAGCACUUGGGUUGCUUCACAUGGAAGACCAAAACCUGUAAAAAGAGUCAGGAGGAUGCACCUUUUAAAUUGUUUUACGUUUUAUUGUUUUGUGAAAGGAUAUGUCUAUCUGUUAAUAAUAAAUAUAACUUUUCUGAUGAAGCUUUUGAUUAAUUCUCAAUUCAUGCCCAUUUUUUUGUCUUAAUUUUGUUUGAAGUGUCUAAAGUUGAAAUAAAUGAUGCUUGAUGCUUGAUGCUU